AUGACAGAUCUGGGAUCUGCAUCUUCUGCUACUGCUUCUUGGUGCGGCUCUUCAUCCACUUCUUCUGCCACUGCCUCUCCCAGAAAUUCAUCUGAGGAUUUGUUAGCCACAGUUGGUAGUUCAAAUCAGAGUGAAUCUUUAGAUAUGAUGAGCCUUAUUCCUAAUUUGUGGUCUGAUAACAAAGCCAAAAUGCGGCCAUCACAUCAAGGUUUAUCUAAUGCCAAGAAUAUUUCACGGAUUCCUACACUUACAAGUCCAUGGUGUUCCAGUAUCACCUCGCCACUACGUGUCUCAUCAAAUACGCCGAGUAUUUCAGCAAGUGUCUGUUCUCAUCCUACUAGUUCCGUUCAAGAACAGGCUUCUCUUGAAUUCAGUUUCACUCCAAGUGUUCUUGUUCAGAGUGAGAUGAAUUCACAGAAAUUUCAAUCUCCUAUUUCAAGUACAGCCAGUAAAUCUAUCAUUCCUUCUCAGAUUGCUGCUUCUACGGACACCAGUUUUAUUAGCUCGGUCCCUUUGACUGAGGAGAACCUCAGUCUGCUAGGUCAGCAGAAGGACUUGGUGUUAAAUGAAGAUUCCACGAGUAUUUUUGACAGCAGUAUGUCCAUUCACUCACAUCAGGAUCAUUCCAGAAAUGGAAGAUCAAAAGGUCACAAAUUAGCUGGCUUUCAAGAUAUUGGUAACUCCAAGACGAAUAAUCACUUUUCCAAGAAAAGGGACAAUAUGCUAUACAAAACAGAGAUGUGUGUUCAAUUUCAAAAGCAUGGAUUCUGUCCAUACGGUUCAAAGUGUCAGUUUGCACAUGGAGAACAGGAGUUGAAGAGAAUUAGAAGAUGUGAUAACUGGAAGACUAAGCCUUGUGUUAAUUGGAUGAGAACUGGCACUUGUAGAUACGGUAAGAGAUGUUGCUUCAAGCACGGAGAUGAGGACAAUGGUACUCAGCUUGUUAAUGAGCCUCCUCCAGAAACUGUUAUGAAAAAGAUAUCUAUGAAGUUAUCUCAGAAAGGAUACUAUGAUUCCCCGAACUGA